ACCGCACGUGUGACAGCCACCUGACCUCAAGCUGCCAUGCAACAGGUCGCCUUCGUUAUUCUCUUUCAUUUUAGUCUUUCGCAUAGAACGAGAAACAUCGAUACAAUAUUUUUUUGAAGUUGUAUUCAGCGCUUUAUACUUCCAUGACUAAAGUGAUUAAGUUUUCGUUCGAAUCGAAGAAUUGAUUGAAAAACAAUCUUAGAGUGGAAAACUGUCUUCACAGCUCACGUGCCAGCUGUGAUCUUGUCUGCAAACCUUGACGAGGGACUGAAGUUUGUGUCCUUUACACACAAGAGCUCAGAAACAUUCGACACCAUGCACAACUUGGCGUUCGACAAUCGCACGGAGCUUGAAGUCUGCUCUGACAGUACUAGUCCUGAACAGGGAAAUCCUUCAGGAGGUGCUGUCGCUCAAAAGACAUCAGUCAGGACAUUCAUCAGCAGACUGGGGUGUCGUCGCCUGCUCGCUGCAUGUUUAGUCAUCGCUCUCAUCGCUGGGGUCAUCGCUGUCUCUGUUUACUUUGGCAUGAAAAGGAAUGGAGAAGAAAGGAAUGGAGAAGAAAGUAAUGUAAGAGAAAGUCAUAAGGAAGGAACUGUGAGUUGCCUCGCGUCUCCGCCUGCAGGGGCGCUGGACUACAGCAAAGAUGCCAACUUUGGGGCGUAUGUUGUGUUGCACUGGCCAUGGUCAUCAGACAUGAACAACUCCGACAGUCAGGUGUACAAAGAGAGUAUCAUGAAGGCUGAUCACUGGGUGAAAAAGAUCUUUCAGGCCAGCUCGCAGUCUUCUUGCAUCAAGUCUGUAGCGCAACACAUUGUAAGAUUGGGCGGAAACAUAAUACUACUAGUGAACCUGAAUGUCACCUGCCAGUCGAUGACCGAGGGCGACAUACAAAACGCCUACGAAGAAGGCUACUCACGCCUGCUGACAACACAGGACAAAAGCUGUGUCAGCAACAUCAACCCAAAGACUUCCGUCAGGAGAAUCGCAGGACCCUCACCGAUAUCCAGGACCAUCUGUGGUCAGUCACAGCUGUACCCUGCUCCUAGAAUAGUAGGCGGUCAGCAGGUACAUCGUGGACAGUACCCGUGGGUCGUCAUGUUGUUGAGAGAUGGAUACUUCUAUUGCGGAGGCACCAUCUGGGAUUACGAUCACAUUCUAACUGCAGCUCACUGCGUUGAUGGGUUUUUGACGAACAGAUCCACCGGGGAGUUGAACACCUCAGAGCUGGAGGUCAUUGCCGGCAAGAGGGAGUUUGAUGUGGGAGGGUACCUUGGUGAACAGCGUGUGAGGGUUGCUGCCGGGCGCAUCCACGUCAACUAUAGCAAGGAAGGAGCAGUAAACGACAUCGCCAUUCUGAAACUGAGCCAGUCUCUAGAGCCCACCCAGCUAGUGAUGAAAGUAUGUCAUCCAACUGCUGAUGCCACCCUUCCAGAGCAGGGUAUAGUCGCAGGCUGGGGGAAGACAAAGCAGAAUUCCCAGUCCUAUUCGGACUUACAGCUGGAUGUACAGUUGACUCUGCUUGACCACAACACUUGUGCAAAGGUUCUCAGUUUUAGUCUAAACCGUCCUGACAACCUACCCAUUGGAACAAUGUGUGCCAUAGGUAAUCAACUAAAAGACAAAGAUUCUUGUCAGGGCGACUCUGGGGGUCCACUUUUCUGGAACCUGGGAACAGCUGCACAUGAGAGACACACCAUCAUCGGCGUCGUCAGCAAUGGCAUCGGGUGUGCAAACCUCGGACUUCCGGGAGUUUAUGCUUCGGUUCAGUUCUACCUUAAGUGGAUUGAAGACACUAUAAAGGCUAUUUGAGACAAUAGUUUUUGUUGUAUAUACAAACACUCCAUCCUGCGUGCGUGCAUGCACAGAAGAGAAAGAAAUCGACAGACAUGGAGACUGCAGUCCUUCACGGACACAGAAAAAAACAGUAAACUAAACACUGACACGGUCAGAGAUUAUAACAAUAAUCAUGCUUGAGUGAAUGUUUGUAGUGUAUUAUAAUAGUAAUCAUGAUAGUAGUGUGGUAUUGCUGUUGGUGGUAGUAGUAGCAGCAGUAUAUAAUGAUGUAUGCAUCGCAUUUCUCCACUAGAGAGAAAAUUCAAUGUGCCUUACACAAAUGACAACAAACGACAUUGUAAUACAGAGUCAAAGCACAUACAGAUAUCCAAUGAGCCAGGGAAGCAGUGUAAAUCCACCGAUAUGACGACUACGACGACGACGGACGAUGACGGAUGAUGGAUGAUAUUUGUACGCACUCAACUAAUCGUUAGUAGCGAGUAAAAGGCAAAAAGACAGGUUGUAUUCCAGUUGCAAAGUGGCUUUGGUGAGUGCAACACUGCAAGUGUACUUUCAUUUAUGUAUUCUUAUUCUCUAUAUUCUUUUGUUAUGCUUUCCUUUUACCCAGUAGUGUACAAGUUUUAAAGUCUGUCUUUUAUCGUCCACACCUCUAAAAAAUAAAGUAUAUUUUUCAAAUCUC